CAGAGCUGCUUUGUUUACAUCCUACUCUUCAGCCUCUCCUCCUGUCAUCCUCUUCCCCUCCGCUCGAUUUUUGGACAGAGGGGAAAGUCGGGCAGCCGCCUUCAACGGGCGAAAAGGUCAAAGGAAGACGCGAUGGAGAAGCCAGGGACGCCGUCCUCCGAGCAGAGCGACAAGGCCAAGAAAUACGACCGACAGUUGAGGUUAUGGGGUGAUCAUGGGCAAUCUUCUCUCGAGUGUGCCCAUGUUUGUUUGAUCAGUGCCAGUGCAGUCGGAACAGAAACGUUGAAGUCAUUAGUGUUACCUGGGAUUGGAGCCAUUACUAUCAUUGAUGAUGCAAAAGUUAGCCCUAAGGAUAUUGGAAAUAAUUUCUUUGUAGAUGGUGACAGCGUAGGUCGGCCUCGUGGUGAAGUGGCACUCCAGCUUCUACUGGAACUCAACCCCGAUGUGCGAGGGACGUUCGUAGAUCAACCGCUGCAGGAGAUUCUGGAUAAUCAACCAGAUUUCUUUUCACCGUUUUCAGUUGUCAUAGCAACAUGUCUACCGGAAAGGGAAAGGGAAAAUGAAAGGAUUGGUGGAGUGGCAAGAUUGGAAGCAGAGGAUAGAGAGAAGAUUGGGGGAUGGGGCAGGAGAAGGGAAACAUUGAGAAAAGAUUGUGGAGUGCCAGGAGAAGCAGAGGUUAAGAGAAGAUUCGUAGCGUCAGAAGAAGAGCAGAGGACUUCAGAGAAGAUUUGUGGAGUGCAAGGAUAA